AUGGACACAACCGUGACGAAUUCGCUGAAUUUUUCGGAUUUAUCGAGUCCGAAAUCGAGUUCGUCAUCGUUUUUCAGUGAUUCAUCGGUUAGAUGGAAACGAACCCCGGAAAAAUCGCUAUCGUUCGAUGGCGACGAGUUCGGCGAUUUCGAGCACGAGGAGUACUCGGAACCGUUCGUCAUCAAAUUUCAAAACAUUAGCAAGGGAGAGCGAGGACAACCGAAAGUGGACAUCGCGUGCCAGUUGGAUGAUUUCAUCGAAGUGCCCAUUGCGGAUGCUGGAAAAUGUUUGGAUUGUAUGACGGACGACAAAAUUCAACUGAAUAAUGUCGAAAUCGAGAUCAAAAUUUGCGCGCCGACAUGCAAAUAUGCUAUUGAAGACGUCAUCCAAAAGUUCGUCGAACGCCGUGAGCGUUGUCGUGCGGCGACUCCAGUCAAACGGCUGGCUUUUUUCAUCUACGACGUCACAUAUGCCAAAGAUUUCGGACCGAUGCUCGCCAGGCUGGCGCCAAAUUGCACGAUUUUCAAUUUGGGUAUUCCCAAAAUGAAGACGUAUCCAUUGCUACCAACAACAGAAGCACGCUACGUCGCCGACUUCAUUUCGCUGUUUGUGGGCAGAAGAAACACUUGUGAAACCCUUCGAGUCCUGCGCAUCUUCAAUUUUGUCAGUUUGGAUUCACAUCUUCAGCGAGUGCUCACAAAAUUCACGAAUCUCCGCCAUUUGACAAUUUCGAAUGUCGACGACGUCCAAGUCUUCGAGCUACCCAACGUCGAAUCGGUCCUUCUGGAUAGUUGUGAUUUUUCAAUCACAAUGUUCGAGGAUAUGGUUGCGGAGAAACACCCUCGUUUGUUCCCCAACGCCACCUCGUUUGGAUUUCUUCGUUGCCCGGUGAAUUUGGCGAUUCGAGCAGUGAACGAAUGGUGUGCCGAACGAAUCGCCGACAACCGUCAACAUUUGUACUUUUAUCAGCCGGAACGCGAUUUUCGAAGAUUUCUAUUCGAGGCUAGCAAAUCGUUCGAGCUGGUCAACGACGAUAAAGAGUUGGAGGGCGAGGUUGAGAUAAAAGGACACUUGGACGGUCCAUUGAUCACCGUGUUCAACAAAGAUCGUUUGUACAAAGCGACAUCAUAA